AUGGAUCUCAAAUCGGGGCAGAAAGCUUUGGACUCUGAUCUUAUCAAGCGUACAAAACUAGUGGAGGUUGAGGGAGUCCCUUUGGCCAGCAAUAUAGCAGAGAACUGGAGUCUCUUGCAAGGCUUUGCAGCUCGGCCAGACGAUCUUCUGAUCUGCACUUAUCCCAAAGCAGGGACCACCUGGAUCCAGGAAAUUGUGGACAUGCUCCAACAUGGAGGGAACCCGCAGAGGUGCGCUCGGGCCCCAACACACAAGCGUAUGCCCUUCAUAGAUAUGAUCCUUCCAAAAUCCAUGAUUUCAGGCCUGGAAAUCGCAGAGGAGAUGCCUUCUCCGCGCACAAUCAAAACUCACCUCUCGGUUCAGCUCUUGCCCCCUUCCUUCUGGGAACAGAAUUGCAAGAUCAUUUAUGUGGCAAGGAAUGCCAAGGACAAUGCAGUGUCCUUUUAUCACUUCCACCGCAUGAACCAGAUGCUGCCAGAGCCGGGAAACUGGGACCAGUUUCUAGAAGAUUUCCUUGUUGGGAAGCUUAUCCGUGGGUCUUGGUUUGACCACGUCCUUGGUUGGUGGGAAGCCAAGGACCGGCACCCAAUUCUGUACCUCUUUUAUGAAGAUAUAAAGGAGGACCCAGCCCGGGAAAUCCAGAAAGUAGCCCAAUUCCUCGGUAUAGAGCUCACAGAAGCAGUUCUGAAACGGAUUGUGCAGCACACGGCGUUUGAGAGCAUGAAAACUAACCCGAUGGCUAAUUACAGCAGCUUACCUUCUUCCAUUCUGGACCAAGCUGUGUCACCUUUCAUGAGAAAAGGCACCGUAGGAGACUGGAAGGAACAUUUCACAGUGGCUCAAAGCGAACGGCUGGAUGAAGUCUGUGCCCGGGAACUGGGGGGCAGCGGCCUGACCUUCCGCACGGAGCUGUAAGCCCACCUUUGUGUUCCUUGGAGAAACUUACACCAAAAUGUGUCUGGACUGUUCCUGUUGCCUGUGCUAAAUAAAAUAAGC